AUGACUGGAUCGGAGUCUUCUCUCCUGCCAAUUUCAGUGCCGCGAUUUGGGCCUGAGAAUAAGAGGCAAUAUCCCCCAGUGCUAUGCACAGCACCUAUCAAGUACCAAUUUGCAAAGUUCAAGAAUGACGGGUAUAGCAAGUCUGGAAAGGGCUAUCUGAAGCUUCAGCUGAUCAACCAGAGAGAAGAUUUCUCAUUUGCACUUUUUUCUGGGGGUCUCUUGAAGCCGAAGCUGAUUGCUGUCUCAAACAAGGUGACGUUUGUGAACCCAAAGGCGCCUGUCUACCCACGUUUGGCGCAAGGAAAAUCUUGGAACGAAAUGACAGUCACUUGGACAAGUGGAUAUGACAUCAAAGAAGCAGUUCCUUUUGUUGAAUGGGGUGAAAAGGGGGGACGCCGGUUCCUUUCUCCAGCCGGGACAUUGACAUUUGACAGAAACAGCAUGUGUGGUGCACCAGCACGAACUGUUGGUUGGCGCCAUCCUGGUUACAUUCAUACUAGUUACUUGAAGGAUUUGUGGCCAGACUCGAUGUAUGUGAUCUUUUUUUCCUGUUUAGCCCCUUCUGAAAUAAGGAUCCAUCCAGGUACUCAGCGAACAUGGUUGCUGCAACAUUGCAGGUACACCUACAGGCUUGGCCAUAGAUUACCAAAUGGUACCCGCGUCUGGAGUAAGUCAUAUAGCUUUAAGGCAUCACCUUAUCCUGGACAAGAUUCUUUGCAACGGGUCGUCAUAUUUGGGGACAUGGGGAAGGCAGAGGCAGAUGGUUCCAACGAGUACAAUAACUUCCAGCCAGGCUCGCUAAACACUACUAACCAGAUCAUUAGAGACCUGGAAAACAUCGACAUGGUGGUCCACAUCGGGGACAUUUGCUACGCGAAUGGUUAUUUGUCGCAGUGGGAUCAGUUCACUGCACAGAUAGAACCGAUUGCUUCAACUGUGCCAUACAUGGUUGGCAGCGGUAAUCAUGAGAGGGACUGGCCUGGAACUGGUUCCUUCUAUGGAAAUCUUGACUCUGGUGGAGAAUGUGGUGUUCCAGCACAAACUGUGUUCUACACUCCUGCUGAGAACCGUGCAAAAUUUUGGUACGCGACUGACUAUGGCAUGUUCAGGUUUUGCAUUGCUCACACAGAAGAAGAUUGGAGGCCAGGGACCGAGCAGUACAAGUUCAUCGAGCACUGCCUGUCGUCUGUUGACAGGCAGAAGCAGCCAUGGCUCAUCUUCCUUGCACACCGUGUUCUAGGGUACUCAUCCAACUCUUACUAUGGAUUCGAAGGCACAUUUGAGGAACCGAUGGGACGAGAAGCGCUGCAAGAGCUCUGGCAGAAGUACAAAGUCGAUCUUGCCUUCUACGGUCACGUCCACAAUUAUGAAAGGACAUGUCCGGUGUACCAGAGCCAGUGUGUUGUUAACGCAUCGAAUCACUACAGUGGCCCGUUCCAGGCAACGACGCAUGUGGUUGUCGGUGGCGCCGGUGCCAGCCUUUCAGACUUCAUCACUUCAAAGAUUCAAUGGAGUCACUUCAGAGACUUCGAUCACGGUUUCGGCAAGCUCACGGCUUUCAAUCAUUCAUCCUUGUUGUUCGAGUACAAGAAGAGCCGUGACGGCAAUGUGUACGAUCACUUCACGAUCUCGCGCGACUACCGAGAUGUCCUUGCCUGCUCCGUUGACAACUGCCCCAGGACUUCACUGGCUUCCUGA